AUGUUCGAGAUCAUCAGUCACCCAUUCCCUCUUGGGAUGGGUCCUCCAGAACAUGGAGACGAUACACGCGUGAGGACCGGCCAGGCUGCUGGCCAUGAGUUGGUCACGGAUGGUUGUGGACAGUCCGUCGGGAGCCAGAGUACUGCUUCAGAAGCUGGCGAUGAGUCGAUUGGCAACUUCCUCGUCCGGGAGACUCUCAUCCACGAGGAGUUCGUCGAGGAACAAAGGGACUUUGGUUUGCCGGAUGAUGAUGACGGCUGGGAUGAUGAGGAUUGGGGUAAGGGCUCGUGGGGCUGGUGGUCCUAUGGCGAUGAAGAUGCUGAGGGUGAUGCAGAAGAUGCUGAGCUACCGGCAGAUCCGACGACCACCGGCGAUGAUCCUCCCCAAGUCAUCGAGGAGAACCGGAACCAGGCUGGAGAUGGGUUAACCCCCGACGAGAUGAGGGACAUCCUUUCCAGCACAAAGAACAGCAUGGACUAUGACUUGAUCGCGGCAGCGCUCCAGAACUUGUGGGACGACCAGCUCCUGGGCAACAGGCCUAAGCACAAGCCCUUCUACCCGCACCACGCGCACUACAUGGACGAGGCGGACGACCAUGAGCUCUACUACCAGGAUGGUGGCGCAGCAUGGGAUGAUGAUUCUUCAUGGUGGGACGACGGCUAUGCCUACUACACGGAUCAGAGCCACGAGGAUGAGUGGUGGCAAGAUGAUUGGGGCACGACCGACACGUCGCCCCUGGCCAACGCGGCUACGUCUGAGUCUGUGGAUGAGGAGAAAAUGAGAGAGGCCCAGCAGGCCGAACAGAUGGCCGAAUCGCUGGCCAUCGAGGCUCAGAGGACCUGGAGUGAGGCCCAACGGGCCACACAAGCCUUGAGACGAGAUCGAGGUUUCGGAGCCCCUGGUGCCAGCAACAUGACCAAGUGUUACAUCUGUGGCGGCCCGCACUUCAUGAAGGACUGCCCCCGCAAUUCCGGCGGAUCCCCCAAGGGCAAGAUGAAGGGCAAGGCCAAGUACGGCUACGUGACGGACAUGGACGCGUACUACAUCAAGGGCAAGUCCAAGUCCAAGGGGAAGUCCAAGGGAAAGAAGGGCAUGUAUCUGAACGCGGAUGCCGUUUGGAAGGGAAAAGGCAAGGGACCAGACUGGGCUCCGAGGACGGUCAACGCCUACGCGAGUGACUACUUCAUGGGUGGCCUGGAGCUUUCCACGACCAUUGCGAGCUCAAAGCCACCACAGGCCAAGGCGGCCCCAGAGUUAGGGAUGAUCGACUGUGGAGCGACAGCCUCAGCCGCUCCUGAGGCGGUAGUCAAAGGAUUGAUUUCGGCAAUCCUUGAGAAGGACAGCGGAGCCCGAGUGGACGUCGACACAAAUGCCAGGCCCUACUUCAGAUUUGGUGAUGGCCGAUGGGGUCGUGCGCUCUACCGGGUUCAUAUCAGCAGUGCAGUUUCAGGUUCCACCAAACGGUUUGCACUCUACGUCCUACCGAAUCCCAAGGAGUACUUUCAAGCAGGGUUUGACAAGGCAUCCCUAGUACCCAUUCUCAUUGGCAUGGACUUUCUUGGGAAGGAUGGCAAUGGUCUCAUCAUUGACUUUACUACCGGCCUAGUCACGAGUUCUGUUGAUGAGAAACCAGAAAUCCUACAGCUCAAACAAAACCACAAGGGACACUUCUUGUUGGAUGUUCGGGAGUAUCUCACGCGGGGACAUGUGAAUCUUGAAGGUCAUGCUCAUGUGGUUGUGUCACCGUCUUCGGCAAGCAUCCUUCAACCUGAAGCACAUGUUCUCGAAUUUCAUGUUGUGCAGUUUGACCUGACAGCCAGUGAUCUUGUGCUUGAGAGUUCAGUGCUGCAGCGGUUUGAGUGUGACAGCAACUUCUUGCUCAAUGCUCGCGACCCAGCAGCCGCGGAGAUCCUCACUGCGGCGAUGAAGGUGAAGGCUGCUCCCAAGAAGCCGCGAGCGCGUUCACUCGAUCUGAACCGCUCCAUGAAGGCGGACCCCAGGGAUCCUCGCAGCAGCCCGAAGUGCUGGCCAUGUUACGGCCGCCACCAACCAGACAAGCCGCAAGCGAAUCAAUGGGGCCAAUGGGUACACUGCCAAGUGUGCAACCUCCGCAUCCUCUACACGCCUCGCAAAGGAGCCCCUGCCAACCACACAGUGACUCACAAUGCCGCCAUGGUGAAGAAAAUGCUCACCCAACUGAAACCUCUCCUCGGCGACCGGAAGCCCACGGCAAGGGUGUGCUUGCACAUGUUUGCAAAGAUCACGGCCGAGGAGGUCCUGGAGGAGUCGAUCCGGGAGAUUGUGACCCCGACCAGUCUCUCAAUGACCUCGGCUACGGCAAGCGCGAACGGCUACCACGGCAGCACGAUUCAGGACAACGAGGAGGAGCUGGUCAUCGACUACAGCCACGAAGUGGAGGUGAUGGCUAUGGCAUCCUUGAUGGUUGCAGCGACAGCGUCCGCUCUGGUCGGACUUCAACUAGACGGGCGAGAUGGACUCUGGGAGUUCACUGGAACACACCCAGCGUGGAUUGUUGAUGCGGCCCAACAUCAAGGACUACAACCGCGAGCCAUCAACCUGCAAGCAGGCUAUGACCUACAACGGGAGGACACAUGGGCUCAACUACGGAAGCUGUGGCAUCAACGGCGACCUCGGAAGUUGUGGUUCUCUCUACCCUGUCAGUCAUGGUGUCCAUGGACGACUAUGGACAAACAGGAUCCUCGCCAACAACGGAACCUGGACACCCAGAGGCGCAAGGACAGGCGACAACUUGGCUACGCCGUGGAGUUCGUGAAGUACGUGCUAUCUCAGGACGAUGAGACCCAGGUGUACUGGGAGAUGCCCACCAACAACUACGGAUGGAAGCAAGCGGCUCUACAACAUCUACGAGAAUGGUUGGAACUCAAGAUGCUUCCAUGGCUUGGUUGCAGAAUGGAUGGGUGCGUGUAUGGUCUGCGCGAGGAGUCACAGGGAGACCUGGUCAUCAAGAAAUGGACGAUUCAGACAAACGAUGAACGGUUCCAUCGCAACUACCGGGCAAAGGUGUGCGUGGGUAACCACCGACACAGCAUGACUGCCGGCGUCGACUACCAGCGAGGCUCCUCUUAUCCAAAGAGGAUGGUGGAAUCUAUUGUCCGUUCAUGGCGUGAUGAACUUGCGCCUCCCCGACAUCACCGACUACUUUCUCUUCAACAAGAUCAACCAGCUCUCGCUGAAGAAUGGAUGGAGGCUGAAUCUGUGGAGCUUGAUGAUGAAGUUGUGGCGUAUACGGAUGAUAACCUUAUUGACCACGACUCCCUCCUGAGUGAGUCCUUCCGCAUUCAACAUGAACACCAAGCUCGAGAGGCAAGAACCUAUGCGAGAUUUGACUGGGAGACUUGCUCUACUCUUCAUCAACUACAUGAUUAUGGUCGCAAUUCUGGGAGGCCGCACAGCCGAGGAACCACGUCCGGAGUGAAUAGUUUCGGACUGGGCGCCUACUCCCACGGUGCCUUCAGAGGCAUCUCAAAGCUCACCUUCAAAAAUCAGGCGGUUUAUGGCUACAAGGUCAACCACCUCCGGGGCGCUCUGUGGUCAAACGGCUCGUACAAGGGCUGGGCACGCUUCCCAAAGAUGGACCGGCUUUCGGAUAAGCCUAGCAGUCUACACCACGAGACUGGCGCCCUGGAUGGAGUCAUCAAAGAAGCACACGAUGCAGGCGUUAGCCAGAAGGAGUAUGAAGCAUGGCAGUCCAAGGUGUCCAAAUUUCACAGAGCAGCUGGACAUCCCACAAACCGCAACCUGGCUCGCAUCAUCUCUGAUGGAGGGCAUCCUCAAUGGAAGAUUGACGUGGCGCUCCAACAUCGAUGUCCUGCAUGUGAGGCCAACAGACCUGGAAGUACCAGCGCGGGAAGCAUACCUCCAGCAUCGACAUCUCCUAUGUACAAGGCUUGGCAAGCUGUUACCGUGGAUGCGGCAGAAUGGCCGGUGCCAGGGACACGCAACAAGGUGAAGUUUCUCCUUUUCAUGGACUAUGCUACCAAGCUUAGAGUGGUGGUCCCGAUCAAGACAGUGGAGAUCAUGGCCAUGCAUGCGGAGAGUGCAGAAGAUGUGAUACAGGCCUUUUCGGAAAGAUGGUUGAGCGUUUUUCCGAAACCACAAGUGAUGAUCAUGGAUUCUGCGAAGACGUUUACGUCUGCGAAGAUGCAUGAGUUCCUGUCCUCCCUCAACAUUCUUCCGCACUUCAUUGCUGAGAAGGAACACUGGAGUCAUGGGGUGGCGGAAGCAGCCAUCCAAGAUGUCAAAACAACGGCUACCUCAAUCCAUCUCGAAGCCCAAGACCAACGACCCUAUGUGACGCUACAGUUGACGGCGGCGGCACUGAAUUCCACGGAGUACACCGCCGGUUUCUCAGCCUUCCAAUGGGCCUACGGUCGCAACUACAACAUCUCAGAGGAGGACUACAGGACCUUUGCCAACGAAGUUGACCACCAACAGCGGGACUUUUCUCAACUUGUGGUGGCCAGACAGCAAGCUGAGGAGAUUGCACGGAAGACCAAGGCGCAGCGUGUGCUCUCCAAGCUGGCCAACACUACCGUGCGACAACCUCUACGUGCAUUCAAGGAAAUGGACCUGGUGAAGAUUUGGCGCAAGGUGUGGCCACAAGAGGUUCACAAGGGACCCCGUGGUGGAAUGAAAUUGGCUGGAAGACCCCAUUGGAUUGGACCAGGUCGAGUGGUCUUUCAUGAGAUACUUCCUCAACAACAACCUGGAGACCAAAGACGACACAUUGUCUGGGUCUUGCUGGGAGCACGACUCUACCGAUGCUCGGUCCACUCCGUUCGUCCAGUGACGGAAACGGAGAGAUUCAUUUACGAGACUUCAUCCGUUGAAGACCCGAGUCAAUGGAAAUCUCUAGCAGAUAUUCUGCCCAAGAGAGAGUACCAGGAUAUUGUUGAUGAGGAGCCGAAUGAAGAGGAGAGGGAGUUGCCUGAUCUACCCCCUCAACCGGAUGACUCGACUGUCCAAGUUCCCACACGACGAGUUCGACAGAAGACCUCCUUCCGCACUGGCGACUACACCAGUCAACCUGUAUGUGAACGACUUCAGACUGAGGAAGUCAAUGACUAUGGAACUGGAACACAACAGCCAACCUCUUCGUCUACGGCAACUUCGUCUGGACUUCAUCAACCACCAUCACCAGAAACUCCGGAUCCCAAAAGAGCCAAGGUGACGGAAGACGACGACCUUGCUGAGACCAACAAGAAAUACGGCUCGUGGGUCAACGAACUACAGACACUGGCAGCCAUGGAAGAGAAAGAGCUGGAUCUACACGUGGCCCUAGAGGAGACACAUGAGUUCCUGAAGAUUGAGAUUGACCUGGGUGACUCCAUGUCAAACCGACAGAGAAAGAUGUUGAUGAACAACCCUCAAGCCUUUCUGGUCAAGAAGAUGAGGAACUCUGAGGUGAACAUUGCCAAGCUCCCCAGCCACGAGAAGGCUCUCUUCACAAGAGCCAAGACUAAGGAGGUCAGUUCGUUUAUUUCCAACGAGGCCGUGAGGAAGUGUCUGGAUGACUCCGAGAUCCGCGAGGCCUACGACAGUAACCGGAUAGUAAAGGCAAGAUGGGUUCUGACGUGGAAACUUGUACCUCCUGAGGAACAAGCUGAAGCUAGAGAAGACGCCCGGAAGAAUCCGGACACCACCCACAACCAAUCCGGCACCAAAAAGGCGAAGGCACGGAUUGUCCUGCUUGGGUUUCAACACCCUAGCCUUUUGGACAGGAAGUUCAAGACCGCAGCUCCAGUACAAUCCUCGAUAGGUCGCAAUCUGCUCUACCAGAUGGCUGCGCAACACCAGUGGCCGAUCGAGGGACUUGACUUGGCUACAGCGUUCCUUCACACACAGCCUACAGAAGCGGAUGAGCGGUUAUGGACUACUGGAGUGGAAGAACUCCGGGAAGCCUUGGGCGUCGGUGACGAGGCCAUCAUGCGGAUCCUGCGGAACAUCUACGGUUCUACCACGGCACCCCGAGGGCUAUGGCUUGAUCUUCAUAAAACUUUGACAAGAUUAGGUGCAACGCCCGUUCUUGCCGAAAGAUGUAUGUGGAUUUGGAAGUCGGCCGAAAGACGCGAUGAUGAUCACCCGAUGGUCAUCGGUGCUAUGGGUGGCCAUGUGGACGACUUCCACAGGCUUGGCGAUGGCUCCGAGGAGUGGAAUGGCGUCAAGGAGCAGAUCGACAAGGCCUACAAAUGGGGCAUGACAAAGAAGGGCAACUAUCGUCAUGCAGGAACUGAUGUUACCAGCGUUCAAUGCUCCAAUGGAGACUUCCUCAUCGAGGUGGACCAGUCCUACUACGCGGAGACGGUGGCGGACAUCGAGAUCUCACCCGAGCGACUACGGGAGGAUGGACCUCUUAUCCAGAAGGAGAUUGGAGCAUGCCGUACAUCAUUGGGAGAACUACAGUGGCUGGCAAUACAGACUCAGCCACAACUAUGUGCCAGGUGCAACCUGUUGUUGACAGAAGUAGUCACUGCCGGCUGCUUAUCUCAUGCUCGGGAAAUUCAGGAAAUGGUGUGCGAAGUGCGUCGGCACACCUUCAAACUUCGGUUCUUCCGCAUACCGGCAGCCAAGCACUGGAGUGAUAUUGUCUUUGUUUCCAUGGGUGAUCAAGCGCACAACAAUCGCCCUCGUGGAGAUUCUACCGGUGGCAUGAUCACUCUGAUGGCAGGACCAGAUGCGCUCCAAGGCAAGAUGAGCUACAUGACCUUAAUUGCCUGGAGGACAUGGAAGCUUCAGCGGAAGUCCAUAUCUUCCAAUGAUGCCGAAGUACAGUCCAUUCUGGAGGCGGAGGAUCAGAACUUCCGUGUUCGUCUACUUUGGACGGAGAUGCAUGGGGCUGGAAUGCGAAACAACCCACGAGAUCCUCUCGUGCAGAAUGCUGAGCGGCAAGUCCUACGAGUUCGUGGAGUUCUGUGUACGGACUCCAGGGGCGGCUAUGACGCCGUCGAGGUGAAUGAGAGCCCGCUUCUCGGGCUCAGCAACAUGCGUGCAGCCCUGCAGGCCUUUCAGUUGAGAGACAAUCUAGCUCGAGUUGGAUGUGAACUUCGCUGGCUGGCUUCUGACUAUGACCUCGCAGACGCUUUGACGAAGAAAAAGCUGGAG